AUGGCCGACCAAUUCACCUAUUCGACCCGAUCCCAGCCGUCUCCGACUCAGAAAUCCCCGAAUGGCUACACUUAUCACAAUCCUGGAAGUCAUGUUCCUCAAAAAUCGCCUAACUAUGUGGAUCGGAGCCAGGCAUCACCGUAUGCUCUAGUCUAUGGACCGUCUACCGUACCCCCGAGGGCCCACUCGCCUAAAGUGUGCUCCCCGGCUACCGUAUCCCCGAGAAAUGUGGGGAAUAUCGUGACACCAGGAGACGCCGAUUUACAUAAAGUGCCGAUUACCGUAUCCCCAAGAGGCUACUACCCGGCCACCGUAACCCAUGGGAGCUCGUGGGCUUCCCCAAGACCGUACAAUGUACCGAUCACCGUGAUUCAACCAGCUUUAUCGCCUCAACAAAAUCCUGGAGCGCACACUUUGCCAAUCGCGAUAAAUCCUGGCCAAAGCGCGCAAUUCGAUAAACUGCACCCGGCUACCGUACGCUACAGUACCCAGAACGAGUCAAAACUACUCGAUUUGCCCAUUACAGUACGCCGUGAUAGCCAAAAUGUAAGAUCCCCGAGCCUGAUCUCUCCAAGAAUGCAAAUCUCGCCAAAAGCUUCGGCUUCGACAAGAAUGGCUAUUCUUGGAGUGAAAAUUCCGAAAGUCGGCGAGAAAAAGGGAAACUCGCCAAAAAGCUUUGAUGACAUCCAGGAUUCGCAAAGAUUGAUGAAAAAUCCGGUUCAUGGUGCUUAUUCGUUUCAUUCAUCGAUGCAACCGAAUAAUGAUGAGCUAGCACAUCGAAAUCCGUACUUGAAACUCGCCGGAGUGCUUCCAUCCGAGGACAGGGGUACUACUGGACCCACAAUGCCCCAUUUAAGUCCAUUUAGGAGAGUGGAAAAUGCGAAAGAUGGAAUCCUCGGCCAAACGCAGCACCCAGUCUCCUAUCAGAAAAUUCAGGAAAUGGAAUUGCCGAAACCGAUCGAAGAGGAGCAACCCGAGGCUCAAAAAGAAGCUCCGGCUUUCGUGAAACCGAUUGGACCAGACGCCGAGCUGGAAGAAGGUGACAACAUCUAUAUCGAGGCUCAAGUCACUCCCACUGAUGACAACACGUUGACGUAUGAAUGGCUUUUGAAUGGGAAUCCGCUGAUGAAAGCGCAUCGCUAUGUGCUUAGUCAAGAUUUUGGCUAUGCUGCUUUGAACAUUUUGUACGUUUAUCCCGAGGAUUCUGGGGAAUACACACUUGUCGUCCGAAAUGCAGCUGGUGAAGCUCGUAGCUCGAUGAACAUCCGUUGUGGACCAAAGGGAUCUUUGAUGACCGACUCACUUCAUCCGUCAUCGCUAGCGCGGAUCACUGAGCUUGAAACACCCCAACAGAGAGCUGAACCAGCCGCUGAUCGACCUCGUGAAGCCCCGCAAUUGUUGAAGGGAUUGCCAGGAGAAGCACAAAUCGUCCAUGAGAGUCAAUGCCUGCAUUUAGAAGCACAGGUUUCUCCAAUCGAUGAUAAUUCGAUGCGAUACGAAUGGUUUUUCAAUGGUUUCCCGUUAAAGCAUAGCUCUCGUUACCGUAUGUCUAAUGAUUUCGGGUUCAUCUUUUUGGAUAUCGAUUACAUUAUUGGAGAUGAUGAGGGAGAGUACACGUUGAGAGUGACAAAUGACGCGGGACAAGUCGAAACGGGAACAAGGAUUCAGGUGGAACGCUUGCACUCGAUCCUCACCGAUACCGCUCAUCCUGAGUCAUAUCGACGAAUUCAGGAACUGGAGGCGUUACAACCAGCUCGUCCCAGUGACGAAGAUGCUCCAGUGGAGAUUCCCAGCUUCACCCAGCAAUUGCAAGGACCAACGGAGGUACUGAAAGAGGGCCAAUCCGUUCAUAUGGACUGUGUCGUGCAGCCGAUCAACGAUCCAUCAUUGCGAAUUGAGUGGUACCACAACGAUCAUCCACUCCAAUUUGGGAGUCGAAUUCGCACCAUUCAUGACUUUGGCUAUGUUGGGCUUGAGUUCUUGCACGUGCAUCCGGAAGACUCGGGCAUUUACACGUGUCGAGCGGUGAACAAUGCCGGAGAAGCAAACUCGCAAAUCACUCUCGAGUGCCGCCCGAAAAAGAACAUCUACCUUGACACUCAACACGAGCAAUCAUGGGUCAAGAUUCAGGAGAUGGAGAAUCGACCGGAUUUGAGAGAACCAUCACCGGAGCUCUCGUUCCCUGCGCCGCAAUUCACCGAACAGCUUCAAGAUGUCGGAAAUCCACCUGAAGGAGCCGCGAUUCGGCUCGACUGCAAACUCGUUCCGAUCAACGAUCCGACUUUAAAGAUCUUCUGGACGUUGAAUGGAGCUCCGCUAGAGAACGCUUCCCGUUUCAUGCCUCAACGUCACCUCGAUCUCGUUCAUUUGGAUAUUCUCGGCAUCUCGGCUAGAGACUCUGGAGAAUAUGUGUGCAAGGCGAUUUCUCAAUUCGGUGAGGCGGAAACGCGUUGCCAAGUCACGUGUGAUCCAACGGCAUCCCUCUUGCUCGAUCCACAUCAUGAAACGAGUUGGCAGAAAGUUCAAGAGAUCGAGAAUCGACAACUCCCACAACCGAUCGAAGAGGACGCGCAACAGGUUGCCCCACGCUUCGUCGUUCCAUUGGCUGGCUCGAUGGGUGAAUUGGUCGAAGGAGUGCCGAUUCAUCUCGAGUGUCAAGUUGAGCCAACAAACGAUAAUACUUUACACGUGCAAUGGUUUCACGAUGGAGCACCGCUCGCGAAUGGUCAUCGUUUCCGAGCCACACACGAUUUUGGAUACGUUGCACUCGAUAUUUUAUACGCUUUCACUCAAGACACUGGCGAAUGGUCGGCGGUGGCGAGAAAUGCGUUGGGAGAGGAUACGACGCUCACUUCAUUCACAAUUGCUGCGCGGAACUCGUUGUUUUUGGACACACAACAUCCAGAGAGUUGGAAGAAGAUUCAAGAGAUCGAGGCGCCAAAAGCUGGAGCUGCUGAGGCGCCUGACGUUGAGCACGACGCACCGCAAUUCAUUGAACCAAUGGAGAAUCUGGAGCGCAUCGAGUUUCAAUCAGCGCAUUUCCAGACUCGUGUCACGCCGAUGACCGAUCCGCGGAUGCGAAUUGAGUGGCUGAAGGACGGAGCGCCGCUCGGGAAUAGCAACCGAAUGAAGUUGACUGCUGAUUUUGGAUACAUUGCUUUGGAUAUUGCUCAUGUUGUGUCAGAGGACACCGGCACGUACACGGUGAUCGCCAAGAAUGAAAAGGGUGAAGCUCGAGUGGAAGCACAACUCGCAGUGACUGGAAAUGCGGCGAUUCUUGGAGACGCUCAAAAUGAAGCAUCUUGGCAAAGAAUUCAAGCAUUAGAGGCACCAAAAGAGGCACCGCAAGAACAACAAGAGCAACAACAUGGACCACCGAAAUUCAUUCGACAAUUGAACAGCCCUUCCGGAGUCAUCGAGGGACAACCCGCGCACUUUGAGGCUCAGUUCGUUCCGUUCGCCGACCCAGCCACCACGGUGCAAUGGUUCUUGAAUGGAGCCCCGUUGGCCGCCUCGAACCGAAGGAUUUUAAGAAACGACUUCGGCUUGGUCACUCUCGAUUUACAGUAUGUACUUUCCGAGGACAAUGGAGAGUACAAAUGCGUCGCUAAGAAUCGAGCCGGUGAGGACGAAACGACUGGCAGUCUCUCUUGCGAGGCUCGACCAUCGAUCUACGGAGACACUCAGCAUGAGCAGUCCUGGCAAAGGAUUCAACAGCUGGAAGCUCCUAGAGCCGCGGCGGAGGAAGCACCCUCGCCAGUCUACCAAAAGCCGACCUUCACCCAACCAUUGCAGAGCGUGGACAAUUUGCCCGAGGGUGGGGUGGCGCUUUUGGAGGCGAAAGUGAUCCCGGUGAAUGAUCCGUCGCUGAGAAUUGAGUGGUUCUGGAAUGAUGCGCCGUUGAUGGAAUCCAACUCGAUUGCGACGACAAACGAUUUUGGGUGCGUAUCGUUGCGAAUCGCUGGAGCAAACUCGCGUCACUCGGGCGUUUAUUCGUGUCGAGCCACAAAUGGACAAGGUGCCGCGGUCACCUCUGCACAAGUGACUGUCAGGAAUGAGGAAGAUUUAUUAAUGGAUACAUCCCAUCCGGAGUCACUGCGAAAGAUUCAAGAGAUGGAAGCUUUAGAUAAAUAUGCAAAAAUCGAGGCCCCGGAACGCGAGUUCUCGAAGCCACAAUUCGUGCAGGGUUUCGAGAAUUUCGAUGACGUGAAAGAGGGAGAAGUGAUCGAGUUGCACGGGCUGGUUGAACCGUCCGGUGAUCCCCAAUUGAGAGUCGAAUGGCUGCUGAAUGGGCAGCCGCUGAUGAAUUCGAAUCGAUUCCGUAAAGAGUACGAGUUCGGCAACGUGAUUCUGACAAUUGUGCACGUGUUGCCGCAUGAUUCUGGCGUUUACACGUGUCGCGUUUGGAACGCGCAAGGAGAAGCGAUCACAUCGGCCACCGUUAAGGUUGCCGGCUACGAGCGUAUCAUUUCGGAGAGUCAACACCCAGCAUCGUGGCAAAAAAUUCAAGAGAUCGAGGCGCCAAAAGUCGUCGAAAUUGUCGAGGAAGAGAUGGUCAAAGAGAAACCGCAUUUCUUGCAACAACUCCAAUCGGUCGAAGGUGUACAAGAAGGAUCACCUGUUCAUCUCGAAGCCACUUUCCAACCGGCUAGAGAUUCCCAAUUGCAGGUGAGCUGGGAGCGAAACGGUCAUCCAUUACCCGCUUCACAAUUGGUGCAAACCAGACACGAACUUGGUUGGGCUACGCUUGACAUCUUAAGUGUAAACCCGGAUCAUGAGGGGAUCUACACGGUGAAACUGUCGAAUUCGGAAGGAGAAGCGGCCAGCAGUGCAGCGGUGAGAGUCGACGGAACAUCGGCUAUUAUUGGGGAAACGAGACACGAAGAGAGUUGGAAGAGGAUUCAAGAAUUGGAAGCACCCAAGGCACCGGCGCCUGAUGAGGCGCCAGCCGUUUACGAUCAUCCGCAAAUCUUGACCCCAUUGGGUGACAUUGAAUGCGAAGAAGGUGAUCACAUUCAUUUGGAAGCAUCAAUCACUCCACUAAAUGAUCCGAAUCUCAAAGUGCAAUGGAUCAGAAAUGGAAACCCAUUGACGCAAGGAAGCAAAUACGCGAUCAGUCACGAUUUCGGCAUCUGCAUGCUGGAUAUUGGGUACACGUUCCCAGAGGAUGCCGGUGUAUACCAAUUGAAGAUUUGGAACGAUCAAGGAGAGGCCGUCUCAUCCACACAGCAUGAAGAGUCGUGGAAAAGAAUUCAGGAGAUGGAAACAAUGAAGCCCGAAGCCGCUGAGCCUGAACCCGCUCCCAAGUCCGCGCCAAAGUUCAUCACGCAGAUCACAUCGCCUGGAGAACUCGUCGAGGGACAACCUGCUCACUUUGAGGCGACCGUUGAGCCGAUUGACGAUCCGACAAUGCGAAUCGAUUGGUACCUAAACGGAGCGCUGGUUGGGGCGACGUCUCGCGUAAAGACGAUUCAAGAUUUUGGCUGGGUCAUUCUCGAUAUCAAUCACACGGAGACGAGGGAUACGGGAGAGUGGAGAGUGGUGGCCAGCAAUCAAGCCGGACAAGCUGAAUCCACUUGUCAAUUAAGUGUACAGGGACGAGAGGGAAUCCUCCAAGAUCCCCUACAACCACAAAGCUUGCAAAGGAUCUCUGAGAUCGAGGCUCCCCGCCUAGCGCCCGAAGCGGCCCCAGACGCGCCAGCUGACGCACCGACAAUCACCACGCAAUUGGAGUACACCGGUGAACCAGAAGAGGGCACAGCAAUUCAUCUACAAGCAAUGUUCACUCCGAAAAAUGACCCACGAAUCCGAGUCGAAUGGCUCCAUAACGGGCACCCGAUUGGCCACUCAAAUCGUCACAAAAUGCUUUCGGACUUCGGGUUUGCCGUUCUGGAUAUCACGCAUCUGUUUACGCAUGAUUCUGGUGAAUACACUCUACGAGUUUACAACGAAAGCGGCGAAGCAAAAUCGAGUGUUUCUUUCAACGUUGAACCCAAAAGUGGACUCCUUCUCGAGCCACAAAGUGAACAGAAAGCUCAAGCUGUGCAUCAAUUAGAGGAAAGACUCAAUCAGAAAGUCGAUGCCGUUAUUGAUGAGACGAAAGAGGUGAUGCCUGUCUUCGUCGAGCCACUUUCCGCCCCGCAACACUUGGACGAGGGCGAUCGAGCGCAUUUCAACGCUAGAUACGAGCCAACAAAUGAUAAUCAUUUACAGGUACAAUGGUAUCACAAUGGUCGUCCGCUUCUCAAGGGCUCUAGGGUGAAAACGAUUCACGAUUUCGGCUACUGUGUACUCGAGAUAUCGCCUGUUUAUCCGGAAGAUUCGGGCGACUACACGUGCAGAGCCGUGAACCGUGUCGGCGAGGCGGUCACCUCCACUUCACUCCAAUGUACACCGAAAGAGGGAAUCAUCUCGAGAUCCCAAUUGCCUGAGAGAAUGUCUGGUGCUCAAGCGCGAAUCGAUGAGAUCGAAGCUCCACGCCCGUUGGCUGAAGACGCGCCCGAUGUCGAGCAUGGACCGCCACGAUUUACCACGCAACUUGUGUCACCGCCCGAGCUUCUGGAAGGAGAGAUUGCGCACCUCGAGGCUCAAGUUGUCCCUGUUGCUGAUCCCCGCCUCCGAAUCGAGUGGUUCCACGAUGGGCAACCGAUUCGAAACUCGAAUCGCAUGCGAAUGGUUUCCGAUUUUGGAUUUGUCGUCUUGGACAUUCAUCCCGGCGAGCCACAGGACAGCGGCACGUGGAAAUGCGUGGCCACAAAUGAUUGGGGAAGUGCUGAAUGCGAGGCGCAGUUGAAGAUCGUGGCCACGGGCGGCGUUUUCUACGAAUGGCAAUCGCCGGCCGAGCGGAAAGAGCGAAUUGAGCAGCUGGAGGAAUGGAUCCAUCGACCGAAAGAGGAGUUGGCCCAGCCGGCACAAGACUUCGACGCGCCACACUUUACCCAAGAGCUCAUCGAUUUGGGAAUGUUGAACGAGGCCGAAGCCACGGCUUUUGUUUGCGUGUUGGAGCCGAUUGGAGAUCCGACGAUGAGAGUCGAGUGGCGACAUAACCAACACCCAAUCCCAUACUCGAACAGAAUCUCAACAACGAACGAGUUUGGUGUGGCCACACUGCUCAUCAAGCAUCUCAUCGCGCAGGAUUCCGGUGAUUACGAGUGCAUUGCGACAAACUCGAAAGGGCAAGCAAUCACGGCGGGUCGCGUACAAGUCGCCUCACCGGACGCCAUCGAUGCGCCGCAGGUGGUGCAAGCGCUCGUUUCAUCGAUCGAUGGUGUCGCUGAGGGAGAUUCGGUGCAUUUAGAGUGCCGUGUCACACCCACAAACGAUCCGAAUUUGCGAGUGCGCUGGCUGAGGAAUGGAAAUCUGUUGCCUGAGGCGUCGCGAUUCCGACCAUCAUUCGAGUUCGGUUUUGCGUCGCUCGAUAUUCUCUACGGAUAUCCGGAAGACUCGGGCGAGUAUGUGUUGGAGGUGAAAAACGACAAAGGAGAGGCCACGACGAAAUCGCUGGUGACGAUUCUGCCGGGAAAAACCCUCGACUACGCCCCGCAAGCGCACGGCAGUCGACAAGACAAUUUGGAGUCACAUUUUAGACAACAUUCAACGAAAGAAUUGCAGCUCACCGUCGACGACAACUAUGACGAGGCUCAGGGCAGGGCACCGGAGUUCAAAGUGGGAUUGGAGAAUAUUGGCGUUGCCGAGGGAGAGUUCUGCCGCUUUGAGACUCAGGUGGCCCCGAUUAAUGAUCCAUACAUGCGGUUGGAGUGGUUCAAGGACCGGCGACCGGUUUUGAUGGGACAUCGCUUCCGAUCAACUCUCGAUUUCGGUUUCGCCGCUCUGGACCUACUCUACGCGUUGCCCGAUGACACUGGCGAGUACCAUUGUGUGGCGACGAAUCGUUUCGGCCAAGCCAUGCUCUCUGCAUCACUCGCUUGUCAGGGUGGCUCCCACGUAGUGACGACAAGCCAAAUGCCACAAGGACUCUCGGUGACAUCCGUCAAGAAAGAUCAACAGAAAUUGUACUGGUCUGAGACGCAACCGGCUCAACCGCGCGUCAAGCAAACACCGCAAUUCUCGAUAAAACCGCGAAACACGCAAGUCUCCGAGAAUUCGCCAGCCCGUUUCGAGUGUGCCGUUGUCGGGAAUCCGAAACCGAAAGUCACCUGGUACAUCAAUGGAAAUCAAGCAUUGCACGGCCAUCGCUACAAGUUGAACUACGACGGGCUCUACUAUUUAACGAUCGCCAACACUAGAGUCUCGGACGCCGGAGAAGUGGUAGCGAUUGCCCGGAAUUCGGAGGGUGAAGUGCUCUCCUCUUGCUCGCUGGACAUCUUCCAGAAUGAUGACUUCAGAAAGCUCAAACUCCGCCCAGCCUCCCACAAAACUGCUGAAGAGUUGCAGGAACGCGAGCGUCGCUGGCAGCGCGAGACUCUCGGCAAGCUGGGCGAGGCGUUCGAGACGGCGCCCAAAGCCGACGCCCAAAAGUUAAUGCAUGUGGAAAGGGCCCGAUCGCCGAUUGAGCCCCUAGAAAGCGAGGAGUUGAUUCAAAAGUUCACCAGAUCAAAGGAGGAGAUGUUCGAGAAGCUCGGCUACGUUGAAACCGAGAAGAAACAAUUUGAGGGGAUGACAUUAGAAUCAGUGCCAUUGAAAGCCGGUCGAACGAAUCGUUUCGAGCCGAAAAGGGAGCGACUCCCAUCAGUGGAAUUGCGGCCAUUUGCUGGAAAGAAGGACCAACGCGAGCAGAGUCCCCGUCCCGAUUGGGCGCUGGACGGCGGGGCGCCGAUGAAGCUCCCAGGCGCCGACGAGGCUCGCUACAAGAGGGUCGAAGCCGAGCCCAAGGAGAUCAACAUCCCAGCCAGGGAUCAAGUCUCGUUGCAGUCCACUAAACCAACGCGGGCUGAAAAAGUCGACGGUGGCGAGCACGUGAAAAUCGCUGAAGACAAAGCGAAGAUAAAGCAACCCGCCCAGGGUCCACAAAAAGAAAAGGAAAUCGUCGUCCCGCACAAAUCCCAAGUGAAAAUGAAGAGUCAAGGAGCACCGAAAGUGACGAAAGAUGUGGAACACGUGACUUUAGAAGAGAAACAGCUCAAAGAAGCGCAAGUGAACGCGAAACCCGAAAUCCCGGAAGCGAGGAUUUCGAAUAAACCGGACCCACCGGAGCCCACCGAUUUCUCCCAGCAACACACUCUCCUCGUCCAGUCCUACCGUGAGCACUCCGAAUCGCAGCAAUUCUCCACGAGGCACCGUUUCGACAGUGAGCUUUCGGUGGAAACCGACUCGUACACGAAAAUCCAUUACGACUACUCGCCGCGACCUCGCGAUCGCACCGUCGGUUUUCACAUGAUACGGCCACAGCCGACAAAAAUCUCGGCAAGUCAAAAGGUGGCGCCGCAACUCUCGCAGCAACUCAUCCCAAUUCAAGGAGAGUUAGGGAAAGUCGGGAAAUUUCAAGUUUUAUUCUCCGGAGAUGCGCCGAUCAAGGUGACUUGGUUUAAAGACGGAAAAGAGUUGAAGAGCACUUUCCGGCAUCAAAUCACCACGAAUAAUGCGGGCAGCACGCUGACAAUCGGACGAUUGGAGAACACCCAUGGAGGAGAGUACAUGGUCCGCCUUGAAAAUGCCGCUGGUAUGGUCGAGUCUUCGGCUUCGCUGACUGUUGGCGUCGGCUUGGAGAAGGGUAAAGCACCCGACUUUAAAGCAAAGGUGGCUGAUAUUCGCGCUCAGCAAAAUGGGAAAGCCGAGUUUUCGUGUGAAAUUGUUGGCGAACCCCGUCCGACUGUGAACUGGUUCAAGGACGGUCAACCGAUUCCAUUUGAUGGCCGAUUCGUCGCCUCUGAAGAGGGAACGGCUUUCCGGUUGACGUGCGACUCUGUCUUGGCUCAGGACAGCGGAGUGUACGAGUGCGUCGCAAAGAACACGGCUGGUGAGGCGAGAUGUAAAGCUCGACUCAACGUGAACCUAUCGAAGACUGGAAAGGGUGCUGAGGAGGGGCCACGACUCGAAGCACCACGCUUCACCACUCAAAUCCAGCCAAUUGUGGCGAACGAGGGUCAGAGCGCCGCGUUCACCGCCAAGUUCUCCGGUUUCCCCGAGCCAACCAUUCGCUGGUAUCGAAACAACGAGCCGAUCAAGAAACCCGGCUAUUCAGUCUCGCAAAAAGACGGACAAGCCACUCUCACCAUCCAAUCGCCGAAACAGGAGGACGUCGCUGAAUACAAGGUCGAAGCGUCGAAUCCAGCAGGAAAGGCGACAUCAGUGGCCAACCUUGUUCUAGCUCCUCGUUCCGGUCGAAUAGGCAAAGUCACGACACACAGUGGAAGCUCCGUCUCCGAGGCAGCUGGACCGCAUUUCGUGUCCAAGCUAUCCGACAUAAACGCGAGACAGGGGCACACUGUGAAGUUUUCGGUGGAGAUUGGCGGUGAUCCCUUGCCAACCGUGCAGUGGUAUCACAACGGACGACAACUGAUGACAGGACGAGAUGUCAAGAUCACGAUCGACGGCCUUCACGCCACUCUUGAGUUGGCUCGAGUCACCCAUUCAAAUGGAGGCGCCUACGAGUGUGUCCUCAAGAAUCCAAAGGGUGAAACGAAAUCAACGGCCCAACUCAAUAUCGCUCGAUGCGGUUUUGCUGCCACAAAACCCGAAGUCCCUCUUGCUCACUUUUGUGAUGUUGGGCGCUUUCCCCGUCAACUGCCACCGCGC